UGUAUUAUACUGUCACAUGACAGACAUGUCUUGGUUCUCCAGUCGUUAACGUUGAUAUAAACUGUUUGAUGUCAGUUUAAAUAUUUCUGAUUGGAUAUUCAGACGUAUGCGUAAACCAACUAAAUUCAUCACAACAGAAUGGCUUCACUUUAAUCAUAGCGUUAAAAUCCUGUUCGUAUGUGUAUUAUAGGCUAUGCGUGAAAUAUAAUAUACUUUACUUUUUUGUGUAGUCUACUUUGUUUGCUUAAACAUUUUUCCACAAGGAAGAAAGCUUAAACAUUUUUCCACAAGGAAGAAAGCUGCGAACAUCAUAAUAUAUUAGUUGUGGGGAAUUAUUUGUCAUCUUAAUUAUUUCUAAUUAUACUUUCUUAUGGAUGUGGCGAGAAUUUAUGACAUUAGAGAUGUAUACGCCUGAAGGCAUAUUUAUAGAAAUGUGAUGUGAUUUAAUAAACGACGAACGUUACAUAGAGUAUGAAUUCUAAAUAUUAGCUCAGGUUGGGGAUAAUCUAAAGAGUGAAGGAUUCUUUUGAGGAUUUAAGAUGACAGAAGAAAGUGUACUUACCUAUGUGGGUAUAGCCAUGGCCAUUGGGACUAUCGGAAAUGCUUUAGUGAUAUAUAUAUUUGGAUUUCGAUAUCGGAAAUCACCGUUCAAUAUGCUGAUUACGAUUUUAGCCAUAUAUGACUUAUUAUCAUGUAUAAUACACAUGCCCUUGGACAUUGUUGGUAUGUUAUUACCUGAGAUUUUACCUCAUUCAAUAUUCUGUAAAGCUGCCUGUACAAUGGUGUCUGUAACUAUGAUUGCUGCCAGCAUCGUAUUAAUAGCCAUAGCUAUUAUGAGAUAUCGUGGUGUGUCUAAACCGCUUUCAAGAAAUAUCGACAUAAGAGAAGCUAAGGGGAUCGGGAUUCUUGCCAUAAUACCAGCUGUGGGAUUAUCAUGGCCGAUUAUUUUCAUGUUCACUACCGAAACUAUUACAAGCAAGGAGGGAAGGAAAAUCGCAAUGUGCGGCAUCCAUGAUAAGGCCUACACGACCUAUGCUUUGGCUUUCCAUUCUGUUCUCCUCGGUCUGUUUUUAGUGAACUUCAUAUCACUGGUUGUGUUCUAUCUUGUGAUUGCGCGGGUCAUGAUCAACAGAAAUAAGGUAUUCGCGCAAAAAAAUAAAAGGAACAGAUCAAUUGCCAUUGCUUCCAUCAUGGAAAAAAGUGACCAAACAUCUACUGGAAACACCCCUGGAAGUACACAUGACAGUAAAAUGGGGAUGAUAUCUGCUGGAAAAAAGAAUUCGAUAACACAAAAGUCAAUGUCGUUAUUUGUUCAUGAGCCACAAAGUCCUAAAUCCGAAAGAUUAAAACCUGCGGGCAGAUGCAGAGAACGAAGUAGUGCCAACAAUGGUUUGCUAAUGAUGUUUUUAGUGACAAUUUUAUUUUUAUGUAGUUACCUCCCGCACCUGGGCUACUCGAUGUAUUUUUUACUGUGCAGUAUGGACGAUAUUAUCAACUUAGCAGUCACCGCGUCCUUUGGUGUCCUCGUUCGUUCCUAUUACAUGAACAGUUUUUCUAACCCUAUUAUAUACGCACUAUGUAGCGGAGAAUUCAGAUUCGAAGUUGCCGAAACGUUUAGGAGGUUGUUUAGAUUAAAAAGUUAAAGUGUUUGUUAACGCUAAAGGUGUGGCCACUGUGUCAUAUGAAAUGACUAUUUGUAUAUAGUGCACGGUUACCGAAAUGUAAAUCCUAGUGCCGGAUUAGACCAGAGACAAAAAUAGCAUCCGGAACUGAAUGCUAAAAAAACUAUCAAUUCUACAUAGUAUUUCUGCUCUUGCUCUAAAACUAUAGAAUAAUGUUCUACUUCUAUGAACAUCUUGCUUAAAAUUAGCUAAUUUGGUCAAAGAUCACCAUCAAUUAGUUUUAUUAUUUUAACACAGUAAUGUGUUAUAUAUGUGAUAUUAAUAUUAAUGUGCAUUUUGUAACAGUUAUGGCCCUGCACUAGCUUAGUCCGGCCAUGGAAAUGAACAGAACUCUUAACAAUAUUCUACCGGUAAACACACCCUUUCAAACGACACCAUGCUAACUUCAGAAAUCGCUCGUGUAAGACUUUGACAGUUCGAAUGUGUUAAAACCAAUGACACCAGACUCUGAUACAAACAUUACUGUUAAAUGGGAACCAUUGUUUCGCUUUUUAUUUUCUCAUUCAGUGAUAGAUUUUUCAUAUAAACUAAAAGUGCCACAAUAUCAAGAACGCUAAUAUUGCGCAAUUUUAAAAUAGGUGAACAUCGAACCCGAUCAUAAAUUGUGAUACUAUUCAUGAGGACGAAUAGAUUUUGAUAUUUUGUUUCGUUUAUUUCUAUUUUUGUAUUCUUUUGUUUUGUUCAACCAUUAACAAAUGAUAAAAUGCAUGUAUACCUAUGCGCAACUGAUUCGGUGACAUGUCUGUUGUGUAAAACCAUUUCCAAAGAUUUUAACGUUGCUUCCGAUUUAUGUCGUAUUUACGGCUCUCUAAUCCAUUGUGUUUUCUAUUUGAAAAUCUCAUUGUCAAAUAACUUUAGAGUUUGCUAGUAGAAAAUACGACACGAUUCGAACGCAGGAUACUAUACCCAUGAUUAUUUACAUAUGUUAUCUAUAUUUAUAUCAUCAUUAUAUAUAUUUAUAUAUAUGUAUGCGUUAUGUGCUUAAGUAUAUCUACCAAAUAAAUAUAUAUUGUAUUAUA